AUGGGAUUCUCAGCUUCAACCUUUCUGGCCAUAACGCUUGGUCUUGCACAUUUGGCAAUGAGUCUAGCAGUAUCAACAGCAGUGGACCCUGUUUCCGCGACGGGGAAAGAACCCAUUAUUGAACUAUACAUGCAUGAUGUUCUUGGAGGAAGCAAUCCCACAGCUCGUCCAGUGACAGGCUUGUUGGGAAGCAUAUACGGUGGUCAGGUACCUUUUCCAGAACCAACAGGAUUCAACACUCCAGCUGGUGCAGUUCCCAUCCCAAAUGCCAAUGGUGCUGUUCCCACUGUGAAUGCAGUUACUGGAAUCCCACUAGGAACUGGCCUGUCGGGAACUGCUUUUGCUGGAGGAAACUCAGCUGACAACAACAACCAGAAUGGUAAUCAGCCACUGUUAGGAAAUGAUGGGUUGGGACUUGGGUUUGGUACAAUCACUGUGAUUGAUGAUUUCUUGACUAUUCAGCCUGAGUUGGGGUCUCAGACAAUUGGAAAGGCUCAAGGUGUGUAUGUGGCAAGUUCAGCUGAUGGGAUUAGACAGAUGAUGGUGUUCACAGCCAUGUUUGAAGGAGGGGAAUAUGGUGAUAGCUUGAACUUUUAUGGGGUGUACAAGAUUGGGAGCACCAUGUCACAUUUGUCCGUCACCGGAGGAACUGGCAAGUUCAAGAACGCAAGGGGUUUUGCAGAGGUUAGAUCACUCAUCCCUCCAGGCCAGAUUGCCGCAGAUGGUGCAGAGGCAUUGCUAAGGAUCAUUGUCCACUUAAACUGAUAGAACUCUGGUGUGUGUGCACAUGUAAACUA